ACAAGUCUCUCAAUAAGAGUCAUUGUGAUCCUGGAGGAAACAUCAGGCACGAAGGGUUGCUGAGAAACGUUGUUUGGACAGUUCAUGGGAUAAGAAUAGGUCGUGAAUCAGGGACAGAAGCUCAUUCAAUUUCCGCAGCUCAGGGCAGCACAAGAGUACCUGAUACAAGCUGAGGGGGAGUGGUUGGAUGAGAUUGGAUGUUGAAUAUCCAUCUGAUGCUCGAUACUGUCACAGCAGUUCAGGUCCCAGAGGAGUAACGUUGUCAUGGUUAUCUGGUCUCGAGAACUUCCUGAGGUAAGAUCUUCAGUCAAGAAACGCAUGAGCUGGAUACAUACCUACAUUUCUAACAUCUUCAAAAGUAGAUUUGAAGUACUGUGGCAAAAAAACGUAAUAAAAACGUCCUGACUUUCUUUUUUAUGUUGGAUUUUUGUAUCUAUUUUGAGACUUAAGUCUAGUACUGUUGCGCUUUGUUAUUCUCACACAUGUAAUGGCUCUCAACCAAUCACAUUCUCUCUCCAGGUUUUCUAAGAGAGUCCUUGUGUGUGUGUGUGACUAAUGAAAUGAACACCACAAUCCGUCACCUGUUGCUGUGUGUGUACAUCAUCACCUUCCUGAUGGGAGUACCUGCCAACAUAUUAGCCUUCUGCACUUUUUGUCGCAAAGUUCGCCACAAACCAACACCCAUCGACAUCCUGCUCCUCAACCUCACCAUUUCUGACCUCAUCUUCCUCACAGUCCUGCCCUUCAAGAUGAAGGAAGCCAUUGAUGGCAUGUCAUGGAAGCUGGACUACAUCUUAUGUCCAGUCUCUGGAUUUUUUUUCUAUUCCACCAUCUACAACAGCAUUCUCGUCCUGACCGCAGUUAGUGUAGAACGCUACCUGGGGGUGGCGUUCCCCCUCAGGUACUCCCUGUGUCGCCGGCCGCGCUACGCCGUGAUGGCCAGUCUCUUGUUCUGGCUGGUCUCCUUCCUGAACCUCAGCAUCGUGUACAUCGUGGCCACGGUUCCGGAAAAAGACGCCACGGUCAGCAACGGCACCACCCAGGUGCGCUCCUUCCCUCCCGAAACGUGUUACCUGAACUUCACCUCGAAGCAGCUGGGUAUCCUGCUUCCUGUCCGCCUCGAAGUCUUUCUGGUGCUCUUCUGCGUGCCCUUCCUCAUCUGCUGUUUCUGCUACGUCAACUUCAUCCGCAUCCUGUCCCGCCUGCCCAGCAUCGGCCGGCGCCGCCGCCUCCGGGCCAUCGGCCUGGCACUGGGAACUCUCCUGAUGUUCACCGUGUCGUUCGGGCCCUACAACGUGUCCCACGUGGUGGGGUUCGUCCGCAAGGACAGCGAGCACUGGAGGGACAUAGCUCUGCUCACCAGCACCCUCAACACCUGCUUGGACCCCAUCAUCUUCUACUUCUCGUCCGCGGCCGUCAGGAGCAUGCUCAGUCACGGUCUCAGGAACUGCAUGGCCAAACUGCACAUCUUGAAGUGUGGAAGUGAUCGGUGCUGCCCCCCGCUAGUGGCUCCUGUGUCUGACAAAUACAAAGAGACUUGACAGUGUUGUGGGGUUGUUGACAGCAUAAGAAGUGUGUGGAGAUCGUAUGUCUUUUAUAUAAUUUGGCCUAGGCACACAGACAGAUUACAAUAGAACAGGGUUUCACAGAGCUUCAAACCAGAACAUGGGUUUUCAAAGGGGGCGUUGAUGAGUCCCAUAGUCAGUUAAUUUUUAGGAAAAUAAGUAAAUGACAGGAUGUGCAAACAGGGAGAGAUGACAUUGUCAUUUUAACGUUGUACUGUUCAAGGAACAGUAAACAAAUCAAUUGAGGAAGAAGAUAAGGAUCUAUUCAGUAAUAAAGAGCUCCCCAGUCUGUAUCCACAGACAUGGAGUCAUGCAGGUGUCGUCCUGAUAAGCAGAGAUAAGUCCGCUUCAUGUUGGCCUUGGUAUACUUACCCAGACGCUCUGCUUAUUAGUUUGGCAGUAUAGUUUAGCACCUUUCAUAUUAGUUUACACUAGCUUUAACAGGAAGACUCCUAUAGUAUGAAGACAGCUAAAUCAAGGGGGGUUUAUAAUGAAUCAUUCAAGCUAUUGUAGAAACAUUGCAGUUUAUUGUACAAUCAGAACUUAUCAUGCAAGUGGUUAGAAUGCCAUGCUGGGGUUGCUUUUUGUGGGAAAAAAAGAUAACCUUUACUCGUUCUAAAAGUCUCAAUCAUCGCUCCUAUGUGCUAUAUACACUGAAUACCAAACAGGAAUAUUUGAGAUUCUCUAAAACCAGUCGAGAUAUUUC